ACGCGACAUCGGCUGGCCCUCUCUCUCUCUCUCGUUAUUUAACCCAGCCUUGCGGUUUGAAGACGCCUCUCUCUCUCUCUCACGCCCAAGAAAGGAGAAGAAGGAAUCGGUCUUCUCGGGGAUUUGGAAGGAGGAUUAAAAGAUGGGGCUGUCGUUCGGGAAGCUGUUCAGCAAACUGUUCGCGAAGAGGGAGAUGAGGAUCCUGAUGGUGGGCCUCGACGCCGCCGGGAAGACCACCAUCCUCUACAAGUUCAAGCUCGGCGAGAUCGUCACCACCAUCCCCACCAUCGGAUUCAAUGUUGAGACUGUGGAGUACAAGAACAUUAGCUUCACUGUGUGGGAUGUUGGGGGUCAAGACAAGAUCAGACCUCUCUGGAGGCAUUACUUCCAGAACACACAGGGUCUUAUCUUUGUCGUUGACAGCAAUGACAGAGAUCGUGUUGUUGAGGCAAGAGAUGAGCUUCACAGGAUGCUAAACGAGGAUGAGCUGCGAAAUGCUGUCUUGCUUGUUUUCGCAAACAAACAGGAUCUGCCAAAUGCAAUGAAUGCUGCUGAAAUUACCGAUAAACUUGGUCUCCACUCCCUUCGCCAGCGACACUGGUACAUCCAGAGCACCUGUGCUACUUCUGGUGAGGGGUUGUAUGAAGGACUUGAUUGGCUCUCCAGCAACAUUGCUAGCAAGGGUUGAAAAUUCCUGGGAGUUUUGACAGAACUAGGACGUUGCUGUUUACUCGGUGUUGAGCGGAGUUUGCCACCAGCAAGAUAUGUUUAUGCCUUUGGGAUUUACAUUCUGUGGGACCUCAAAAUCUCCGUGGGAAGUAUUUUGCUCAGCUUUUUUUUUCCUUUUCCUUUUCCUAUUAAGAAACUUUAGUAUGCAAUGUAGUACUAAAUUUUAUUUCGGCUACCAACAGUAUUCCUAUACAUGCUAUUCUACUGUCAUAUAUGCUACCAGUUAAUUGCAGAUUGUGUUGAGACGCAUUAUCAUCUAUUCUAUUACUCUAGUUGUGGCAGUGUGAUUA